GACGGGAAGGCCCGGGGUCAACUAAAACACUGCGGCUUCUCCGCGCCUCCGAAUCCCCUCCUCCCCCGCCUUCCCUCUGCCCGGGCCCGGUCCUCCGCCCCCUCAGAAUCACCUCCAGCGACGUGGGCCAAAACGCUUCAUCGAGUGGCCUUUGUCGCCCGGUCGAAACACUUUGUAUCACGUCUCCACAUUCGUCUUCGGGAAGGAAUGGGAAAGCGAGGGUCGUUGCCAGGGUGGAUACACUUCCCGUGCCAAGCCUACUGUUGCCUGGCAUUCUUUUCCCGAGGGAGCCCGCGGGCUCUUAUUCAGGCCGGUGGGUUUGGGUUGUGUUGGAGAAGUUAGGCCGUCACGUGCUAGGGAGAAUCAUUUUUAGCAACUCGGGUCGUCGUCGGAACUCGGAACUUUCCUUCGCCCCGAAUCCGACCUCGGCAAGAUGUUGGCGAAGAAAUUCAGGCUUAAAGACUUGGAAAAAGAUGGGGAUAGUCGGACUGAAAAGGAGUGCAUGAAGGAGAAAUUGAGCCUUUUGCAUGGCUUUCUGCAAGCAGAUGUACAGAAUCAGUUGAAUGCUCUGGAGACCAAGCUGCAUAAAGAGGAGCUUUCUGAGGAGGGAUACCUGGCCAGAGUGAAAGCCCUGCUCCAUAAUGAACUGUCGGUGGAAAAUGGCGAUCAUGCCCACAAUCAGAAAUUGAACGGCUGGUCAGAAAAUGGCGCCUACGUCAGCGACGAGGAUUUGGAGAAAAGUGCCCUUGAUGUGGAAGACGACAGUACAAUGGAUAUGGAGGAAGCCGCCGUAUCACCUUCGACAUCUGGGUCCAAGCCCCGCAAACCCAGAAGAAGCAAAUCCAAUGGAGAAAAUAAGAAAUCUCCAGCUAGCUCAAGGGUUACAAGGAGUUCGGGCAAGCAGCCUACCAUCUUAUCCCUGUUUUCUAAAGGAACAAAUAAAAGGAAGUCAGAGGAGGUGAAUGGUGAAAUAAAGCAGGAAGUUAAUCUGGAAAAGGAGGAAGAGAAUACUGAAGAGAAGGAGCAAGAGGAAAAGAGAAUUAAAAUUGAAGCCAAAGAAGGGUCGGAAGUGAAAGAAGAAGAGACUCGGGUUAAGAUGGUCCCUCCUGCAAAGACCACUCCUCCCAAGUGUAUGGAUUGCAGGCAGUACCUGGAUGACCCCGACCUGAAGUAUUUUCAGGGGGAUCCCGAUGAUGCGCUGGAUGAACCAGAGAUGCUGACGGAUGAACGGCUAUCCAUUUUUGAUGCCAAUGAAGAUGGCUUUGAGAGUUAUGAAGAUCUCCCCCAACACAAAGUAACGUCCUUCAGUGUUUACGAUAAGCGGGGCCAUCUGUGCCCGUUCGAUACCGGCCUCAUUGAGAAGAAUAUAGAGCUCUACUUCAGUGGCGCAGUGAAGCCGAUCUAUGAUGACAAUCCUUGUCUGGAUGGUGGGGUUAGAGCCAAAAAGUUAGGCCCCAUAAAUGCAUGGUGGAUCACUGGCUUUGAUGGGGGAGAGAAAGCUUUGAUUGGCUUCACUACAGCAUUUGCCGACUACAUUCUGAUGGACCCCAGUGAAGAAUAUGCUCCCAUCUUUGCACUAAUGCAGGAGAAGAUCUAUAUGAGCAAAAUAGUUGUUGAAUUUCUUCAGAAUAAUCCUGAUGUCAGCUACGAGGACCUGCUGAACAAAAUUGAGACUACAGUUCCUCCUGCUGGAUUGAACUUCAAUCGGUUCACAGAAGAUUCUCUCCUUCGGCAUGCCCAGUUUGUGGUGGAACAGGUCGAGAGUUACGACGAGGCCGGAGACAGCGAUGAACAGCCGGUUAUCAUUACCCCCUGCAUGAGGGAUUUGAUUAAACUGGCUGGUGUCACCUUAGGAAAAAGGCGAGCAGCAAGGCGCCAAGCCAUCCGGCACCCCACCAAAAUAGACAAGGACAAAGGCCCCACCAAAGCCACCACCACCAAACUGGUGUACCUCAUCUUUGACAAGUUCUUCUCCGAGCAAAUCGAAAAGAAUGAAAGGGAAGAGGACAAGGAGAAUGCCAUGAAGCGGCGUCGCUGUGGCGUCUGUGAGGUUUGCCAGCAGCCUGAGUGUGGGAAAUGCAAAGCCUGCCAGGAUAUGGUGAAAUUUGGUGGGAGUGGACGAAGCAAGCAGGCUUGCCAACAGAGGAGGUGCCCGAAUUUGGCUGUGAAAGAAGCCGAUGAAGACGAAGAAGUGGAUGAUAAUAUCCCCGAAAUGCCAUCACCCAAAAAAAUGCUUCAGGGUCGGAAAAAGAAACAAAACAAGACCAGGAUCUCCUGGGUUGGGGACCCAGUGAAGAGUGAUGGGAAGAAGGAUUUCUACCAGAAGGUGUGCAUUGACUCCGAAACCCUUCAAGUGGGCGAUUGUGUGUCUGUCAGUCCCGAUGACCCUACGAAGCCCCUGUAUCUGGCAAGAAUCACCGCAUUGUGGGAAGACAGCAGCGGGCAGAUGUUCCAUGCCCACUGGUUCUGUGCGGGCACAGACACUGUUCUCGGGGCCACGUCCGAUCCUCUAGAGCUCUUCCUGGUUGACGAGUGUGAAGACAUGCAGCUCUCCUACAUUCACGGCAAAGUGAAUGUUCUUUAUAAAGCACCUUCAGACAACUGGUCGAUGGAGGGUGGCUUGGAUAUGGAGAUCAAAAUGGUUGAAGACGAUGGCAGGACCUAUUUCUACCAGAUGUGGUACGACCAGGACUAUGCGAGGUUUGAAUCGCCUCCCAAGACCCAGCCCACGGAGGACAACAAGUACAAGUUCUGUGGAAGCUGCGCACGCUUGGCUGAGAUGAGGCAAAAGGAAAUUCCUAAAGUGCUGGAGCCCCUGGAGGAACUGGAGAACAAGGUGCUUUAUGCCGGGGCGACCAAGAAUGGAGUGCAGUACAGGAUAGGAGAUGGAGUCUUCCUCCUGCCGGAGGCUUUCUCGUUCAACAUGAAGUUAGCCAGCCCAGGAAAGCGGUCUAAGAAGGAUUCUGUGGAUGAAGAGCUCUACCCAGAACAUUACCGAAAGUACUCAGAAUACAUUAAAGGCAGCAACCAGGAUGCCCCUGACCCGUAUCGUAUCGGCCGUAUCAAGGAGGUCUUCUGCCAUAAGCGCAGCAAUGGCAAGCCCAACGAAGCAGAUAUCAAACUGAAAAUUAAUAAAUUCUAUAGACCCGAGAACACCCACAAGUCAAUUAAAGCAAGUUACCACGCUGAUAUCAACCUGCUGUACUGGAGCGACGAGGAAGCGAUCGUGGAGUUCAAAGCUGUGCAAGGCCGCUGUACCGUCGAGUACGGAGAAGACUUAACCGAGUGUAUCCAGGACUACUCUGCGGGUGGCUCAGAUCGCUUCUACUUCCUCGAGGCUUACAGUGCGAAAAGCAAAAGCUUUGAAGACCCUCCAAAUCACGCCCGCAGCUCUGGGAAUCGAGGGAAGGGAAAAGGGAAAGGAAAAGGGAAGGGCAAGGGCAAAACUCCAGUGGCCUCUGAGAAAAAGGAGCAGGAGACGGUGGGUGUGAAGCUGCCAAAACUGCGCACGCUGGAUGUCUUUUCUGGCUGUGGAGGGCUGUCCGAAGGGUUCCACCAAGCAGAAAUCUCAGAAACUCUGUGGGCUAUUGAGAUGUGGGAACCGGCUGCCCAGGCCUUCCGUCUGAAUAACCCCGGGACCACAGUAUUCACGGAGGAUUGCAACGUCCUCCUGAAGCUGGUGAUGUCUGGGGAGAAGACCAAUUCCCUGGGCCAGAAGCUCCCUCAGAAAGGAGAUGUGGAGAUGCUGUGUGGGGGGCCGCCGUGCCAAGGCUUCAGUGGGAUGAACCGUUUCAAUUCUCGCACGUACUCCAAGUUCAAAAACUCCUUGGUGGUCUCCUUUCUCAGCUACUGCGACUACUACCGACCGAGGUAUUUCCUCCUGGAAAACGUCAGGAACUUUGUCUCGUUCAAGCGCUCUAUGGUGCUGAAGCUUACCCUCCGAUGUCUUGUGCGCAUGGGGUAUCAGUGCACCUUUGGAGUGUUACAGGCUGGACAGUAUGGCAUUGCCCAAACUCGCCGAAGAGCCAUCGUCCUGGCCGCAGCUCCCGGUGAGAAGCUGCCCAUGUUUCCAGAACCCCUGCAUGUGUUUGCUCCCCGAGCCUGCCAGCUCAGUGUGGUGGUGGACGACAAGAAGUUUGUGAGCAACAUAACAAGGAUGAACUCCGGUCCCUUCCGAACCAUCACAGUGCGGGACACGAUGUCGGAUCUUCCGGAGAUCAGAAAUGGAGCUUCUGCCUUGGAGAUCUCCUACAACGGAGAGCCCCAGUCCUGGUUUCAGAGGCAGAUCAGAGGCUCCCAGUAUCAGCCUAUUCUCCGGGAUCAUAUCUGCAAGGAUAUGAGCGCGUUAGUGGCCGGCCGGAUGAGACACAUACCCCUUGCUCCCGGCUCAGACUGGCGCGACCUGCCCAACAUUGAGGUCCGCCUCUCGGAUGGCACCACCACCAGGAAACUCCGCUACACCCACCAUGAGAAGAAAAAUGGGCGUAGCAGCACCGGGGCCCUCCGAGGGGUCUGCUCCUGCGCAGAAGGGAAACCUUGUGACCCCGCGGAUCGGCAGUUCAACACGCUGAUUCCGUGGUGCCUGCCCCACACGGGGAACCGGCAUAACCACUGGGCAGGGCUGUACGGAAGACUCGAAUGGGAUGGCUUCUUCAGCACCACGGUUACCAAUCCCGAACCCAUGGGCAAGCAGGGUCGCGUGCUUCAUCCAGAACAGCACCGGGUUGUGAGCGUUCGAGAAUGCGCCCGGUCCCAAGGGUUCCCGGACACCUACCGCCUGUUUGGCAACGUCCUUGACAAACACCGCCAGGUCGGCAACGCAGUGCCUCCGCCUCUUGCAAAGUCCAUCGGCCUGGAGAUCCGAUUGUGUGUGCUGGCCAAACUGAAAGAAAACUCCUUAGACAACAUCAAACUGGAGAAGAUGGAGACGACAGAUUAGUCCUUGCCUCUUCUGUCCUCGCUCGCCCAACCUCCACCACGUGCCCCUCCCCCGCCCCAGGACCCCUAAACGUGUGCACUGACUGAUUUUUUUUUUUUAUUUUU